UUUUGACUAUCAUAGCACUCUUGUUUUUAUCAGCAGAAUAUGCACAAGCUUUUUCAAACAAUCAAAGAAGAACACGAGAAUCCUGUUGAGGGAAAGAUUACAGGAGAAAUUCCAGAAUGGGUUAACGGAAGUCUGUACAGAAAUGGACCUGGAAUGUACGAGGUUGGAGAAUACAAGUACAAUCAUUGGUUUGAUCCCCUGGCAAUGAUCACAAGGUUCCAUAUAGAAAACAAGAAGGUAACAUACCAAAAUCGCUUCCUUAAAAGUGAAUCAUACACCGAGAAUCUUGCUGCACAAAGAAUCGUUAUCUCUGGAUUCGGUACCCUACCAGUCCCUGACCCAUGUAAAAAUAUCUUUCAAAGAUUUUUGAGUCAUUUCGUCGUAGAUGAGAGGAAUGACAACACAAAUGUUAAUUUGUAUCCAUUAAAAGAUGAGUUAUAUGCUAGUACAGAGACACAGUUUAUUAGGAAAGUUGAUCCUGAAACCUUAGAGACACUAGAGAGAGUCAAUCUAAGAGACUAUGUAGCUGUUCACUCGGCUACAGCUCAUCCUCAUUAUGAUGCAGACGGAACUAUUCACAAUAUCGGAAACAGUUUCAAAGGAGGUCCCAAAAUUUGUAUCAUCAAAAUUCCUCCUAAAAAAGGUAUGUCUUGCUAAACGA